CUCAUCUAGUGGGAGGUGGCUUAGAAUCUUAUGGAACACAAUUAUUGAAUGAGCUCUAAGGUCCCUUCCAUCUCCUGUGAGACUCUGUACUGCAAAUUGACGUGGAGUAGCAGCUCUGGCGCACCACAUUGGCCCUAUUUUAGGCAGUUACCUAACUCAAAAGAGGAACACAGACAAAGUGUUCUUGAGUACCCGAAUUGAGGAGCUCAAGGAAGGAUACCCUCCUUGUCUUGUCAUUCCCUGAGGCAGCAUGAUCUAGGUUUGAAGGACAGUUGCUCCGGGGAUCCGCCGCUGUUACUACCCAGUUCGCUCUGCCUUUGGCGUAAAGGCUGCGCUCCAGUGGCAGGAAGGGAAAAGAUCCAGAAAGGCUGGGGAGAAGAAGGUAGGCUAAGAGAGCGACGAAGCGGCUGCCAAGAACAGCUCACCUUGGAAUAAACCUGAGGAGGAGGAGGAGGAAGGAAGGCAGUGGCCCGGGGCCUGCCUGCCCCGCCCGGCUGGCUCGGCUCUGGCCAGGACCAUGCAUUCCGGGAGCAAGGUGAAGAGCGAGUACAUGAAGCGCUACAAAGAUCCCAAGUGGGACACUUGCGGCCCGUGCUACCGGGAGCUGCUGCACUAUCGCCUGAGCCGGCGGCUGCUGGAGCAGACGCACAACCCCUGGUUGUGGGACGGUUGGGGGCCGUCCAGCAACUCGGACGAUUCCUCGUCUUCGGGGGGUGGCGGGGCCUCCACGCCCCCGGGCCCUCAGGGAGCUUCCACCUGGUCUCCACCUCCGACCCCACAAGCCCCUAGGAGAGGAGAGGAGGAGAAGGAAGCCGGGGUCUCUGAGGAUGAGGACUCUGCCAGCCUCCCAGAAACACCUGGAAAAGAUACACAAGAAAAAAGUAAACAACAGAGGGAAGCAAAAGAACAGAGAGAAGUGAAAGAUACCACUGAGCAUCCUCGCCAACGUGCCUUGCUUGCUAAAGCAGAUAAGAAACCGGCUAAAAGUCCUCAAAGACCAAGUAAAACAAAAGAAAUCAAACAUCCAUUUGCUCUUUAUGGCUGGGGAGAAAAACAGACAGAUACUGGGAGCCAAAAAACUCAUAAUGUACGUGCUUCUGCUUCGGCAAAACAGAUUCAUGAAUCAGCAUUACGAGCCAAGAACAGAAGACAGGUAGAAAAAAGGAAACUGGUCAUUCAGAGGCAAAGAGCCUAUUCUGUAGAUGCACAGAAACCCAGAAGAAUCAAGCCUUCCUCUGCAGAUAAUCCAUGGAUGACAGAAUACAUGAGAUGCUACUCAGCAAGAGCUUGAUGAAAGAAAAAUGUGCUUCUAUAACCUCAUUAAAAACAACAGGAUGUUGGUUUAGAAAACCAAAUGAUUAUGUAAGGUUUUGUUUAGGGGGGGUUCCCAAAAGAGUCUUUUUUUAAAUGUAUUCUGGUAACCUGCCUCUGUUGUAGGGCAGAUAGCUGAAACCAUAGACACUUGAAGUUAUUCAUGAUGAUCAUUCCCUAAGUCUUUGGUAUUCUUGAGUUUGUGAAGCAUCUUAAUCUUUGGAGAAAAUGACACCAAAUGACUUUUAAGUGGCAGUUUUAUAAGAUGCUUAGUAAUCAGUAUUUCAUAAUUGCAGAAGAAGCCCAUUGUCUUUCUCUCUUGAACAUCAACAAACUCAAGCCGGUUUUCAAUUAUGUGAAAUUUUACCAAGUGCAAGAAUUAAUAGCUAAAGGACAGUAAUUUCUGAUAGCUGUUCUUUUAAUGCCUACCAACUCCUGAAAUGAGUUCUGGUAAAAACUGAACUUACCCCAUUUUUUUUAACCUGUUCAUUUACUGUUUCAUGUGGAUAGGAACAUUCAACAUUUUUCUAGGGUUGAACUUCACUUUUUCUCCCUACUGUGGCACUUAUUAUUUUUAAUACCCCAAACACAUUCCAUUUGAGAGAUAUCCAUGCAAUAAAUAUUAGGGUAGGACUGAAGUUUCUUUGCGUCAAAGACUGUCACUAACUAAGUUUUCUACUGCAGAACUUUUUCUCACUGAGCACACUCCUAGUGACUUCAGACCUGCUGGCCUGAUUUUAAUCAUGUGCUUUGCCACUUGUAUACCGGUUGGAUUUUAAGAAUAAAUGGGCUUCAGAGCAGUAAGUUUUAGAAUUUAUACUCAAACUUAGAAUAAAUUUGUAAGUAUUGAGGUUCUGGGACUUAUCAGGAAGGGGCAUCUUUUAGAAAUUAUGUCAGGACAUCACGGGUAUAGCCUCAUUUCUACUUGCAUUGCUUUCCUUUCCAAAACUAGUUCAACAAUAAGUAAACCUUGGUGUUAUGCAGUCUUCCUCAGACUUAUUAAUUCACUGGCAUUCCUUAUUUGAUAUUCUUGACAGGACAUAGUCUCAGGGAAGGGGUGUAUGUUUCCCUGCAUUAUGUGUAUGAAUUCAGGGGGAAUUCUCCCUCUCUUAGGCUCCAAAAUGUCUUUAAAAUAUAGUUUCCAGCUGAGUCUGAACAUGGCUUCUUUCUCCAUUUGUUAGGGAUGGGGACCUGAUUGUGGGAUCUGAUUCUAAAGAUCCUUAAAAGGAAAAGGAAUAUCUUGCAUAUGUAGCUCUAGCAGCCACAUGAACAAAAAUUAAUGUUAUUAUAACAGGUGCUUUUAGAUGUGAGACUAAAGUUUUUAUUCUCAGUCUGUGGAACAGUGCAAACAACUGUAGUGUAUAUAUCCACUCUGCUUACUAUUUUCCCCCCAUCCUCAGCUGGUCUUUAAAUAUAUUCUACUUGUUUAGUUAUAAAUAUAUUAAGCUUUGAAAACUGAUUUCUAAAUAGUAAUAGCCUUUCUACCUGUGAUUUUUGACCUUUAUAUGGUUUUGAGGUUCAUUCUUUUGUUCAAAGAGCUGUCUGUGCUUGUCAUUGAACCACAUGAUAUGUAAGCGAAAUCUCUUUAUUCUAUAUAUCAUCACCAAAACCAAAUCACCAAUGCAUGUCAGCACUUCUGGUGAUAAUCCUCUAAAGUCAUCAUUAGUUUAUUGUGCUAUAGACACUGGAAGUACCAGAUGUCCAAAUGAAUGUGGCAAUGAGUGGCAGUUGUGUAAAUGCAUAUAAAAUUCAGAGUUCUCAAGUAAAUUCUCACCUGGUUGGAUUUAGUAAUCAAGCUUAAACUUUUCAUAUCGCAGCUGACAAUCAGAAAGUGGCACUGUGAAGUAAGGUAGGUUUUAAAUGUCUAUAAAUAGCCUUAGAAAAUUCAUUUUAAAUUCAAUAUUUUUAAAAAGCCAGCCUUUUUCUAGUUUAGAAAACUGACUUGCAUGUAACUAACUUACUAUUGUGAAAAUCCAGACAAACCAACACAAAGCUGAAGGCUGAAAAUAAUCAAAAUAAUUUUGUUCAAAAACAACUAGAAGUAUAACAUAAGUAAAGUUUUAAUCCUAUUUUUUGAUAUAUACUGAUAACUUACAUUGAUUUCUUUAAAAGUGACUAUAGAGGUGUAGGAGAGAGACACUGAUUCAACUCUCCUUUCCAUUAGAUUACAACCUAUGAAAUUCAAAUCUCUGAUCAUUCAAUUUUUUCCUUUCUUAUAAACAAAUAUAAUUUGUCAUUAUGCUGUUACAAGUUCUCUGUGAUAAUUAGAAAAUAAAGUAGUAUAAAUUAUUUCAUAUGGAAGAAGUUUGAGACUGAGAAUGUGAUCUUUUUAAAAUCUAGAGUGAAAAGGCAUUUAAAUGAUAAAGUGUGGCUACGAGGUUUCUCCUUCCUAAAGUUUAGCUUUAAUAUCUUAGUUAAAAUCUUUUGCCAUGAGUAUGCUCCUUCCCUUUGGCCAAACUCUUUUUUUCCUUCACCUUCAAAGUAGUAAUAGAAUUUUGAAAGUAAUGGCAGCGGUUUAUAUAAAUAAAAGUGACUAUUUCCUUC